CAGACCUACUCCUCUGGUACAAGUGCAUACAAACGUAAAAAAUGUUUUGCUUGGAUUCAGUUUAGUAGCGUCUCAAUUUUGACCGCGGACUAUUAGUAUUAACAGUUUAUUUGUGAAGUAUCUUCAUCGUUUUCGGCGUGUCUUCCAGAGUUAAACAAAUGGAGGCUCUACUGCCAUCGGAAAUUGCAAGACUGGUUUUCGGAUACCUUGAAGACCAAAAAUGCAAUGAGGCUGCCAGAUCGUUUUUGGAAGCCUCUCCACACCUGCAUGAAUGUCGCACUGCUGUAUUAAACGGCAGACGGUUCAACACCCGUGUCAACGGAUAUACACUUACUGAUAUAUUUGAUAAAUUUUCUGCUGCUCAUUUAUUAGUGCAGGAGAGAUUGAAUAAAGUUGCGGAUUGUGAGCAGGUCAAACGAUGUGGCGAUUUGCUGGACCAGUUGCGAUUUCUGAUUGGAGGAUCUCGAGGACAACGUUUUGUAGUAAACAUCAAUGUUCCAUCACAAGCGAGUUCUCAAACUUAUGGCGGAUCUCCGUUAAUAACUAGUAGUAUACGUAAAAGGUAUCACAGUGCCAGUGAUAGAGAGCGUUCUAGGCGUUGCCCAAAACCGCUACAUCAACUAAGUGAAAACCAGACCGAGCCAGUAAGCAGUCAGUUACGUUGCGAAACAGUAGAAGCUACUCCACUGGAAAGCUUACCUGGUCAUACAUAUUUGAGCAGCGUAACCCAUCAGCCUGAGCCGUCUACUAGCCAUGACAGUGAUGGCGUUUACUGCACUUCAACAAAAAAUGAGUACACUGAUCGCCCUCCUUUGGGUGAUUUUUCAUCUCUUACGACACAGAUGUGUCACGAUACGAGAUUGUCCAACCAGGCCAUAGAGCAGGAAACUUCGAUACAAACUGCAGGUGGAAGACUGGAGAAAUGCAGUUCAGGUUUGGAAGAUGUAACAGAUAUAACGGAUUUGAGGCGGACAGAUAAUGAGGAAAACAAGAACUUAAUGCUCGGAGGAAAAACGAUGGCUACUAGUACCGAUGAAUUGACCACGUACUCCAGCAUUGAAGUACAAACCACUCCCUACGCCCUCUCGGAAUCAGAAUCAAAUGAGCUGGACGAUGAGCCAAUUGAAAAUUUAAGCUUACUGACCAAAGAACUACUUAAUCGGACGGAAUUGCAAGAAAGAAUAGCUGAAAAUAUAAACAAAGCAAUACUUCCCAUAGAAAUGCCUUCUAAGGAUGAAAGCAUUUGUGAGUCUAUGAGUGGCGAGAUGAACACCUCGAUCAUGGCUGAGCUGAAUAAUGCAAUUAAAUCCAUAGUGGUAGCGACAGAAACGGAUCCAGUAUUUGAAAAUUUUUUGGACGAGAUCAUAGGACCUAAUGUGGAUACCGAUACCAGUCCAGAUGAAGAGCAUGACUUCAGAGUUAGUUUGGAACAUGAAACAAAUUCUAGAAUUCAGACGGAACCAUCUAAUACUGCUGUAGUUGACAUGGAACUGGAAGAAGUAACUUCAGUAGUAUCCACUAAAAGUACGAGUUCAAAUGGCAUAACAGAGUUACCUUUGAAGCACAGAUUACGUAGUUCAUCUCGACAACAGAAUAGUAAGCCGGAGGACGAAAGAGACAGAACAAAAGACGUUGAAAGAGUUGACAAUGCUCUUGAAGAUCAUAACGCUGAAGCUAUUCGGAGUAUUAUUAAUGCAAACAUUGUUGGAAAUAAACAAAUGUCAGACAAAGGUCCUGCAGUCGGGAAUGCUAUAGCAGCAAAGCCUGCUGUGGCUAUCCAGUCCACUGAAUUGUCGCAACCUGUAUCAAUUCCUCCUGCAAGUCAGAUCGCAGACAGUACUGAAGUAAUGGAAAAUGAUCUUACAAGCCACAAAAGUAGUGAGGAACCAGCCGUUAAAAACCUCAUUUGUCCAAAUUCUAAUUCUGAGCUAAAUGGCAAUCAGAUUAAUCUCAUCAGUGAACAAGAAAUGAUGGCGAUGCCUACAUUGAUUCUUUGUUCUGCAGCAGAAGUGCGCAAUAGUAUUAAAGCAGAUAAUCUGUCCUCAUCCCAGUCAACUGUGUCUUACCCUGAACCUCGAUUCGUUCCCAUUGCCCCAAAAGGACCUGACAAUUUGGAGCCAAUGUUGCCGUUGUAUCUCAGAGCUGUACAUGUUCCGAUACAAGUUCAAUCGAAGAUUCAACCUCAAGUCGCUACCAAAGUAGAGAAAAUGAUAACGAAUCCUCCAUCGUCAUCACAGGUAUCAGGAGCUAAUACAAAGUGUAAUCGCAAAAUGAUGAAAAAAAAGAAAAAUCUUAAGUCUGCUAUUGUACCGACAAAUACCGCCGUAGAGUCUAAAACUUUGUCGGUUACGAACACAGAACAGACUAGUUCUGCAGAAGUUGAGUCUAUAACACUUUAUGCAAAUGACAAUAGCUUUGGUACACUGAUUGAAAAUGCUGGGAAUAUGCCAAUGAUAAAUCUUGAUGAUACAAUGGCCUUAACUGGUACCGGUUUCUCUCCCUAUCUAAAAUUCCACGAUAACAAAAAUAUCACAUCAACAUCCAACGUAUCAUCAGCAAAACUGACCAAUGAUGUUCCGAUUGAACAAUUAGAUGUGGAUAUCAAGGUUGACGAAUCUAAAGUAUUGCCUCAUACGGAAAAUAUUUUAUUUGCUCGGAACACUCCAAAGUCAUUGUUAAGAAAUAGGUCCAGAAAUAACAGAUUAAGCAUGUCAACCCCUCGAAGGCGAAGCAAUCACAUAAGAGCACUGGAUUUUAACACCCCAAAAAAAUCAUCUAGUUCUGAGCAGAAAACAGGCAGCGACAAAAGUGUACAAUUUUCUCCAAAAUCGUCUAAACGUAUAAGGUCAGCUUGUAGAACAAGCCUCUUCAAGUCUCCACCUUUUUCUGGUUCGGUAACGAUGUCACAGAAAAUAAAAACACCAGUGAAAGAUCAACAGCCAUAUAAAGUACCAAUUGCUACCAGAAGCCCUGCUCCAAAGUUACUCGGAGGCUGGGAUAAGUACACUGGCGUUGGAAUGAUCCUUGGCGGCACAUCUCCACAUCCCAGUUCUUCGUCAACAUCCGUCGAACACGAUGAACCACCAUCCUAUUCUCAAGCAAAAUCCUCGUCAUGUACUGUGAAAAAAAGUUGGGAUGCCGAUCUUAGGCAAGUUUUACAGGACUAUCAACAACCUUCGUGUUCGACAUUGCUAGUGAAAAAGGGACCUGUAAAAGUGAAAAGUAGAGUUGGGAAAAGCUGCAGCGCAGGUAGAAAGGAAAAUGCUUCAAAAUCUGAAGGAAGUGAAAAUGCUGAGCAGUCUAAGCAUGGCGUAAUAAUGGACCGGAAUGAAUCGAAAUUUAUUGUAAAACGGGGUGUGAAUAGUUUUGACGAAGUUAUAUCUGAUGAAGUUGCGGAUGUUAGUCCUUCAGUAGCAAACAAAGAGAUAUCACUGCAUGAAAAGCGCUCUGCUUUAAAUACAAAUGUCGAAUUAGUCGUGCAAACCGAUGCACAGAUCGUUACCUCCAAAUUACGGCAUGAACAUGCUCUUAAAGAUGAGAUGGAAUCCUCUGAAGGCUUUGAUGUGAGUAAAACGAAAGAAAAACUGAGUGUUAAAAAGUAUGCUAUAUUAAAAACUUUGGAAACAAAAAUUUCAAAACACAAGUACAAUCGUGAAAUCGAAAGCACAACUUUAUGCCCUAAUGACUCUAGCCAAAAGAAAAGUGAAUGUUUGAAAGUUUCUCCUGAAACUCAUAGUCUAACAACUCACAUAUUGCAAAUGUGUGAUUUAGAAACUCCAAGAAAAGGCGAUAUUUCUCCUGGUAUUCCUCCCACUCCAAGAAUGCUCAGUCCAAGUAGCAUUACUAUAACUCCAUUUACGAACAGGACCCAGGAAUCAAGCAAAGUUCCAGGUAUCAUUAGUACGCCGGAUUUUCCACCGACUCCAAACAUAAGGCUAACGCCAAAAACAAUGGAAGAAAUCACGAUUGAUGCAAUCAAGAAAGGAGAGUUUGGAACAUGUUCGCCUUAUUAUGAACCGAGUACAGAACAGCCGAAUAUUGUAGAUAACGUGUUCAGUAGCCUAAAUACCACAAAAAAAAGUGGGCCCGAAGUUGUACCCGUUGCACCGUCCAUGAAAACGGACCCUGAUGAUAUGCUCAAUAGUGUGGUGGAUAAUGAUUUUAUAAGAAGUACUUUAAAGCGUAAACCAGAAAUAACACAGUUUGAAGUAAUAAAGGAAAAUUUAUCAAAAGAAGAAGCUGACAAAGAGUUGAAGAUAUCGACAAAUUCUACAAGUACUGAAGUACUAUUACCUGAAUUGAUCUAUGCGACACCUAUUAAUAUUCAAGAACAGAUCGAAGAUGAAAAUGUUUUUGAACGGUCCCCACAAAAUCAGAGUACUGAUUCCACAAGUCUAAAUGAAUCGAGCAAAUCGUCAUCAUCUGGCACUAGUUCAUCUUCAUCAACGUCAUCAUCAUGUAGUUGCUCCAGUUUUGCGACUACAUCUACGCCAUUCAAGUCGGUAACAAAAUGUAAAACAAAAUCUAACGCGUGCGAUACCAGCACUGACUCUUGUGCCAAAAAUCAACCCGAUGUACUGAAUACUCACGAUUUAAUAAGUAAACUUUCUCCCAUAACUGUAAACAACGGCGUUGCUGCAGUAGAAAGUAACAAAAAUCUCUUUGAAAUGCAACAUACUUCGUCAUUAGAGAAAGGAGAAACAUCACCUUUAAAAGUACUGUUACUGAAUAAGACUCAGGAGGAGGUAGACGCUUCAACAAAGGAAACACCGCUUAAAGAUGAGGCACUACUGUCCGAGGCUAAUAUUUCCGAAACUCCUAGUAGCUCUAAAUCUGGAAUAGAAAAUUUAACCAAUUUAAAGUCAAAACUUUCUACUUUGGACAAUUCUGGCUAUGAAGAUAGUUCAAAACAGAAUCAGGUAGUUAAUAAAACUCAUAUUCAUCCUUUUACAAGACUGAAACCGAAAAUUAUAAGUGUGCAACACUUUUUGCCAGAUGUUUCACUUGCACUCAAGCCACCAUUGCUAUCUGAAAUUGUAAGCAGUACAACACAACCUUCGAAUAGCCAAGUCUCCUCAUCAUCCGUUACAUUAGAUGGUAAGCUUGGUAUGCAUUUGGAAGAAAAAAGACUGCGUCUUAUGGCUAAGCUGAAAAGUAAUCCUCAGACAAAGAUAGCUCCAAAUAGAGUAAGGUUCAAACAAGUAAAUUUAAAUGCGAAAAUGAAUACCAAAGAAAAACAUACUAUAGCCACAUUUUCCACUUAUGAACAGAGAAAGAGUUCAACUCAAACAAUGUCUGAUAAUCCAGCAACAAAGCAAGUUAUUCAAAUUAAAAAAAAAACAAACCCCAAUGCGACAAACAGUAGCAGAGCAUCGAGCAAACGGAUUUCGGAAAAUGAAAGUAAUGAGGGAGCACAGCUUACGCAAUCCCAAGAAGCUUCGGUGAAAUUAAUUUCUGAAGACUGUAAACAGGAAAAAUGUGAUGCAGCUCAAAGUGGCACAAAAAAGUCAUCUAAUAUGAAUACACACAAAAGUUCUACGAUAAGAAAAAAAGACUGUAAUGCACCUCUGAAAAGUAGAAAAUCGAUCAGGAGAAUACGAAAUCGGCAAGUGCUUCAGGAGACUGCCAAAGCUGAGUGUGACUCCAAAAUUUGUGAUACGAUGAGAAAUGAAGAUCCAUUGACAGUGGGUUUGACUACAUUAGAUUACGAUACCUCACAACCAAUGAGUUACACGGAAUUGAAUGAAGACCUUGGAGCUACUAGCAAAAUUAUUGAUCCAAGACAUUCAACCGAACUUAUAGCAAUUGUAUCCCAAAAGUGUGAAACGAUUUUCGAAAAAGAUUCUGAUGACAAAAAUGAUGAGGAAUGUCCUGUAGAAAAUAUCACCAUUCCAGUGAAAAAAAGUCAGACUGUUCAGUUGUCUAAAGUCGACCAGAUCAAAAGGGAUCUUUUCAGUGAUGAGGAAAAUAGCGAUCAGAGAACUACUCGUUCGAAAACCCGUCAAUUAUCGGAUACGCAAAAAAGUGAACCUUCUAUGCCUGUUUAUAGCGCUCAAUCCGAACCGAAGAUUUGUGAGAUUGUGCCUAAAAAAUCAAAAGAAGAAUUAACAAAUGUUUUGGAAUGUUUGAAAUUAGUUCCGGCGAAUAAAACCGAAACAAUUGGGAACACAGGCAACAGUUCUCAAUUACAUAUUAACGAGUUGGGUGAAUAUCAGUUUUUCCAUACUGAUUCCGUAUCAAUAAAGAAAAAGAGAACAAAGUUUCGUAGUAGUAGUUUGGAAUAUAUAAUAUCUCGGUAUCUUGAUGAUGACAACGGAACAGAAUGUCAGAAGGUAAUGACAUCCACUGCUUAUGAAGAAAUUUUCAAUCAUUCUCCAAGACCAAAGAAAAGAGUAGUGGCUAAGAAGCUGAAAAUUAAAAAUUCCAAAUCCACAAAAGAAGAGGCUCUGAAACCCACAAGUACACUUGGAACAAAAUUUGAAAACGAUAUAAUAGAGACAUCAGUUGUUUUAUCUUCGAGCGUGAAAUUAAAAACUGCACCAUCCAAAGUUAAGAAGAAUGCUACAAAAACGCAAACCAAGAGCCUCAUGUUGACUAAGAAAGAUGAUGAAACGGAGCAUGAAGAUGGCAACCCAGAUUCGGAGAAACUGAAAAUCUCAGACUCAGUAGAAGAUCAACCGAUUGAAAAGAAACGACGUAUUGCUGACCCACAAUCAUUAUUGAAGAAAUUAGACCUGGACCUCUUUCUGACGUCUGUUCAUGGACCUGUCGGACAAUAAUGCAUUUGGUUUAAACAGUUAACUAAGUGUACAUAGGAAGAUAAUGUUGUUAAAUUUUGAACAUAUAUUUAUACAUGUAACUUACUGGAUAUUGUUAUUUGUUUCUAACUACUAUUAUUACUAUUAAUACUAUUAUUUUUAUUCGAAAGUUUCCGCGCAGAAUUCAAGACACUGAAGUACAUAAAUGGCAUUACCGACAAACCUUUUAUUACCAUGCCUAAAGAAAGUAAUAAUGUUGAGUAUUUCUAUUGUUGUCACUCUCCAGAACUUUAUUCUCUCUCGGAAAAAAACCCUAAGUUGGGUGCAAAUUCGAACCCCCAGCUCAUAGAUACUGCUUAAUUCCCACAAACAAAAAGUCGAGGGUACGAAUUUACACGCAAGUUGAGUAUUUUCCGUAAGGGUUAACUUACCACUUUUGUAACUGGACCAAAAGAGACUGUUCAUUGUCGAUUAUAUAGAUUAAUGACUCCCAUGGACUAUAUUAGAAAAAUAUU